AUUUCCCUUAUUUUUGUGAGUAUGAAACUUGUAGAUAAAGUAGUGUUAUUUGUGUUUGGAGCAGUUCUCGUUGCAUACAUUGUAUAUGUUUAUGAUAAGAAAACAAAACUUGGAAGUCAGCAGUCUUUGAGAGUACCGUUACUUAAAGACAAACUAAUAUGGAAGCCACAGGAUGUAGUAUCGAUAAGAGCGCCACAGGAUGCAGUAUUGAAAAGAGCUGUCGAUGCUCUGAAAGUCAAACAUCCGAUAAAGCCAAAUAUUACAAAGGCUCUGGUUCUGAAGAAUCCGGCUCCGCAAUCGUUUUUGUCUGAUAAGAUAUUACAAGAUGGGUUGAAGGUCAGCUUUUCAAGAAAUAAAUUACAAGUGAAUAUUGUAGAAGAAAAUGAAAAAGCACUGGUUUACUGGCUAUCAAUGGCUAAGUAUAAGAUGAUAAAGAUGACCGGCAAUACCCUGAUAUUAUUCAGCAACCAAUUAGAUAUGUCUGUUCCUCCUUAUUUCCAACGAUUUCCCUUCCAUAGAGUACCACAGAACGACAAGGAAAUGCUUUAUGUAUUGCAGAGCGGAGGAACUUUUCUCAUGAAAGCUAUCUUAACUGGAAUUAUCAAAAGAAUAAUUUGGAUACGACCCUCGUGGAUUAAAAAACCGUCAUCGGCAGCAUAUUCGAAACAGAUGAUUGGAAUCGGAAUGAUCAAAACGAAAACUAGGAUUAGUUACUGUACUUGUCAAUCAAAUAAAUGCAUCAUUCAAGGAUCUUAUAAGGCAACCACGCAAUGCCACCUGAAAAUGAAUGUGCUUGUUGAAAACUUGAAGGAGACCGCGUAUCAGAAAAAGUCAAUGGAAAAAAAUUGGUUGCCACAAGCAGAUAUCUUAUUGCAUAUUGAUAGCACAUAUUUCGGAUACGUAUCACCAUCUGCGAUGUUGUCGAAAAUGAUUCCUGACGGUAAAGUUCUGGAGAAAAUUGACAAUUUGUCAAAGAAACUAUUCUGUCCGAAAUCCAUUCCGGACGAAAUAUACAUAGAUCGACUUUUGUUGAAGGCCAUUGAAUAUUCUUUAAUAGAAAAGGAAUGUGCAAAAAAUAAUACUAAAAAGAUAAAAACUGGACCGUUCGCAAAAUGUGUUGGCGUUAAAAAGGCUAAUUUUAAAAUGGAUGAAGAAAUUUAUAAAUUUUUGAAGCGUAAACUAGUCGACACUGAAAUUCCAUAUUUAUGUUCCACAUAUUCACACUUUGUUGAUUUCCUAAUCAAAGAAAUGUCGACAAGUCUAACUCAGAGGAGAAUACCACAACUAGGGAUUCUAAAGCUAACUGGCUUUUGUUUAUCUACUACCGUUAAAGCACCAGGACAAUUUGGUCUUUGCAAAGGAUCUAAAGCUUUCGGACAAACUACAAAAUUUAUGCCGUCCCACAGACCAACAAUGAAGGAGAUAAAAGCUAAAAUUGACUUAUUACGUCCUUUUUUAAAACGACUUGCCGUAAAAAGUGUAAAGACAAUUACGUUUUGUCGAAAUGUUAGACAUGGAUAUGCACCACGUUUAUUCUUGCCUCUUAUUGAAACAAGUCUGCUCAAAUCAUUUAAUAUAUCUUUCCCUCGUUUUACAUUAAACUAUGACAGACAUAUAUUGGGACACAAACAGGGUUGGUUCUAUCGAACAUAUCUAAAGGACACAUUAUAAUGUUUCAGGUUACUGGAAUAAACAAAUAGUACUUAUGUUACAUGCUACACACGAAUUGUCUCAACUGAUUUGGUGACUGAGUUUUGAUAUUGCCUAAAUGA